AUGGAGGGGAGCCCCAUCCCGGUGCUCACGGUGCAGACCGCCCCCUACGAGGACCAGAAGCCGACGGGCGGCGGGGGGCUGCGGCGGCCCACGGGGCUCUUCGAGAGCCAGCGCAACUACCUGCCCAACUUCGUGCAGAGCCUGCUCUCCUCCAUCGACCUGCGCGACCGCCAGGGCUGCACCAUGGUGGUGGGGAGCGACGGCAGGUACUUCAGCCGGACCGCCACCGAGAUCGUCGUGCAGAUGGCCGCGGCCAACGGGAUUGGAAGAUUGGUUAUUGGCCAGAAUGGCAUCUUAUCCACACCUGCUGUUUCAUGUAUUAUCCGAAAGAUCAAAGCAGCUGGCGGAAUUAUUCUAACAGCUAGUCACAGUCCUGGAGGACCUGGAGGAGAAUUUGGAGUCAAGUUUAAUGUUUCCAAUGGAGGACCUGCCCCAGAUGCCGUUUCAGACAAAAUCUAUCAGAUCAGCAAAACCCUUGAGGAAUAUGCCAUUUGUCCCGAUCUCAGAGUUGACUUAUCUCGGCUGGGAAGACAAGAAUUUGAUCUGGAGAACAAAUUCAAACCUUUCCGAGUUGAAAUAGUGGAUUCAGUGGAUAUCUACCUCAAUCUGCUUCGAACUAUCUUUGACUUUAACAUGAUCAGAAGCUUGCUGACUGGACCCAAUCAGCUUAAGAUAAGAAUUGAUGCCAUGAAUGGAGUUAUGGGACCCUAUGUAAGGAGAGUCCUGUGUGAUGAAUUAGGAGCUCCUGCAAAUUCUGCAAUAAACUGUAUUCCUCUGGAGGAUUUUGGUGGGCAACUUCCCGACCCAAACUUAACAUACGCAACUACCCUGCUGGAGGCUAUGAAAGGAGGAGAAUACGGAUUUGGAGCUGCUUUUGAUGCUGAUGGAGACCGCUAUAUGAUCCUAGGUCAAAAUGGUUUCUUUGUGAACCCUUCUGAUUCACUGGCAAUUAUUGCUGCCAAUCUUUCUUGCAUUCCAUAUUUCCGUCAGAUGGGUGUUCGAGGGUUCGGUAGAAGCAUGCCUACCAGCACCGCACUGGACAGGGUGGCAAAGUCACUGAAAGUCCCUGUGUAUGAAACACCAACAGGCUGGAGGUUUUUCUCAAAUCUGAUGGAUUCUGGACGAUGCUCACUUUGUGGAGAAGAAAGCUUUGGCACCGGGUCUGACCACAUCCGAGAGAAGGAUGGGCUCUGGGCUGUGCUAGUCUGGCUUUCAAUCAUAGCAGCUCGAAAGCAGAGUGUGGAAGAGAUUGUCAGAGAUCACUGGACGAAAUUUGGCCGCCACUACUAUUGCAGAUUUGAUUAUGAAGCAUUGGAACCCAGAACAGCGUAUUUCAUAAUGAGAGACCUGGAGGCUUUGAUCAUUGGCAAAUCAUUCAGUAAUCAGCAGUUUGCUGUUGGGAACAAUGUCUACCGUGUGGAAAAAACAGACAGCUUUGAAUAUGUAGAUCCUGUAGAUGGCACUGUGACCAAAAGACAGGGAUUGCGAAUUAUUUUCUCAGAUGCUUCAAGGCUCAUCUUCAGACUUAGUGCUUCUAGCAGCGUGCGAGCUACCCUCAGGAUCUAUGCAGAAAGCUAUGAAAAGGAUCCCAGCAAACAUGACAAGGAGUCACAGGCUGUGCUGAGUCCUCUCAUAGCCAUUGCAUUGAAAAUAUCUCAGAUCCAUGAGAGGACAGGGCGGAAGGGACCCACUGUCAUCACCUGA